CACUGCACUUCCGGGUUUGGAAGCGUGCGCAGUUCGGGCCAGUCUGACUGCAGCGAGGUACUCACCCGGAGGCAGCCAUGGCACAGGGAGCGCGGAAACUGAAAGCCCAACCAAAGAAACCCACAGCCAAGAAACCUGCCGGCAUCAGGAAGGGGGGCAGAAUAAUCGCCCCCAAGAAGACCAGAGUGAUUCAACAACAAAAACUAAAAGCUAGUCUCGAAGUGCAGAUUCGUAGCAAGAUUGAGCAUGAGGUCACCAUGAAGGCCAGCGCAAACAUGCCCAAGAAACUUGCCGUUCUCAAGGCCCCGGCACAGAGCGCAGGGAAAAGUUCAAAUACAAAGAACAAAAAAGGACGUGGAAAGAAAUAGCCAAGUGCAAGGAGCAUGCUGGGGGUGGGCAGUGGAAAUUAAUUUAUACAUUUUAAUUUUCAUGUCAGAUGUAUUCACUGAGAAUCCUUUUUCAUAACAAUUAGUGAUCACGGAUAUGGACCGCAUGAGAAUUUAAAAUAAUGAACUUUAGAUCAGAAAUCCAUAUUUUAAAUAAAGGUCAAUAAGUAACACU